GGCGUGCUCUAAUAGACUAAAUGGGUGUGGUUUGUUGAUUGUUUGCACACUAUCAAUCACAAUGGCAGGUCUUGACUCUUACUGUAGAAUAUCUCCUGGAGGAGCUGGUAGUGAAAAUAACGAGCCAUUUCUCUUGUCUAUUAGAGAAGACGAUGCCAUCAGCACUCUGCAUAGCUACGGGAUACAUAAAGUACCUCACUUAGGAGUUUAUGGUUCAAACUAUGCUUUAUCGCUUCCACUGGUUUUGCUCUCUCUCCCUCCAACACUCGAUUUCCUGCAGUUCCUUCCUUACGACAUUUUAAAUUCGCUCGAUUUGGGUCCUCCAAUUAAUGCCCACCUCAACACAGUUGCAAAGACCCUCGUACAGAAAGUGCUGACAUCAGCUAGUUUAAAGUAUCGUUCCUCUUUUGCCUAUCGGAAUAAAGUGAGGAUAUCAACAGAACUAUCAAUGGACCAAGACAAUGAAGAUACAGAGGGAGAGGCUAGCAGUACGUGGUUACGUAGUUAUAGCAACAGUAACCAUAGCAACAGGAAGGAGUCUUUUAUGAUAACGGAGCCAAUCAUAUUAAUCGAUGAUGAUGCCAUUCGUACAGCUGCCAAGAAGUUAGUCCGUAAAGUCCUUCACGUAGCUUGCUUUCGAGCAGAGGGCAGACGAUCAUCAAUUGAGAUGGAGUAUUUGACCAACAACACUAAGAAAUUGAAAAUCAACGAUGAUGCUAUGACUCCUCCCCUCUCACCUACAAUAGCCCCGCCCCUUGCCCCUCCCACUGAAUACUCGUUCUCUCCCCCUCUUUCCACUAGUAGCUCCCUUUUAUUUGAUAGUGGUAUCAUGAUGUCGUCCCCUUAUCACUCCUCUUCUGAGUGUGAUCAAACACUCUCUAAACAAGAGGAGGAGAGUCUGAGAAAGCUGGGAAAGAGGAGACAGAGGAGUGAGUCCCAUGAUGCUGGACUGCUAAAAGAGGGUGGGAUUAAUGGGAAGUUCCAACCAGUUUUACCGCGAGUGUACUCAGAGCCUGUUAUCAUUGAAGAGCAAGAGAUCUCUCCUCCGAUGCCGACCACACCCCUAGCCGCACCUCUUUUUAUUAGUAACGGCGGAAUGGAUAAAUUGACUAAUUUAAUAGUUGACAUGUCGAUCAGGGAAGAUUCACCUUGUAAAGAUGUUGGUGAUAAUAGUGAUGAUGAUUAUAUCAUUAUUGAGGCCAUUACUAAAAUGGUUGACAUCAGCCCAGACGGUUCUGAUAGUCCACCUAUUCAAUCUCAUUCUCAUGAUUCCAUUCUUGGUACCGAUUACUCCAUUCCUAUUACCAAUUACUCAGUUCCUGGUAUGGACUAUUACGUUAUGGUUCAUCCCAGCCCUCCUCCUGGAGUGUGCCAGAAGUUUCUUUGCAAUAAUUACAAUGAAGUCAAUGUUUUGUAUCACAGCUGGCUAUUUGGUGAUGUUGAUUAUGAUCCAAGUGUUACACUAUUGGAGUCAGUUGGUAUGGGUCUGUUUGAUACUGUUGGGAUAGCACCUGUUCAUUUAGACCUCAGAGAUGCUGGUAUAGCUUUUGGUUACCUUGAGGAAAGGACUGUGUGCAUUCAUAGUUGCUGUUUUUCUCCAGAGAAUGCUCAGUUUCAAAUCCUUAAUUAUGAUCAUUUUUGUAGUUUUUACUCUGUUGCUCGUCACGGUGAUAGAAGAGUUGUCACGUUUCACAUUGUUUUAUCUCCUUCUGACUUGCCUUGUAUAAAUAAAAUCAAAGAGUGUAAUAGUUUAGCUGAUUUAGUGAAAUGUUUUGAUUUUUUUAUUCCUCCCGCCUCCCAGAAAAUCCGGAACCUUUUAUACCCAUUUUUUGUUAGUCAUUAUUAAUGGUUUGUUUUAUAAUUAUUUUAUCAUGCACAGAAGGAGCAUGACCAGACUA